AUGGCGGCCCUACAGCUGCAGCCCCAGAGGGGCCCGAGGACCUUCGAGCUGAAGCCAGGCGCAUGGCCAAGGCAGCGUUUGACGCAGCGCGUGCUCCUGCUGGGCAAGGGCUUUAGCGGAAUCUGCCGCUUAGGCCAGCCCUCUGCCGACGAUUGCGGCGACAUCUUCGUGAGCUUAGAUGCAGAGCGCGCGUUCGACCCCUUGGAGUAUACCAGCGGCCUCACCAGGGACUACGACGCCUGGCAGGUGAAGCUGCUGCGUCAGGCCAACAGCUUCAAGGAGGUCAAGGAGACCCUGUACUCGCUGGCACCACCUCGGCGUUCACUGAACGGCCUCACAGCGGUGCCCCAUUUGGCAGGCAGCGUGUGGAUCGCAAGAUGGGCCUGGGUCGUGUUCGGCCAGUUCAGCGACUGUUUCAACCGGUGCUUCGGUUGCUGCGAGUUGGCCGCAGUUUGGUUCAGCUUCGAUUUCGGCAACUCCGGGGGGGAUUGGCCGCAGGGCAAGGUGGCCACCCCUCCGAUCGGGGAGGUUCCCCGACGCACUCUUCACCAGCAUUUUCUGGACGAUAUCAACGGAUCGGCUUCAGUGCAGCUCGCGGCAUGCCACAGCCAGUGGGUUACCAAGGUGGAGAUGACCUUCAGUGUUCACCACGAGCAGGAGAAUUGCGAGCCCUUCAGAGUGUCGGGCACUGGACUCAAGCGGCAGCUAUCCCAGGCCGCCCCGGGUCGCGCUCGCCUCGCGGACCCUGUCGGGGUGCGCUCCCUCGCCAAAGGCGGGCACCCGUUUGCCAAGUGGGUGCUGGAACAGUGGCGCCAGCAUCCAGGUCGAUUGCACUCGAUGGCUCGCGACCCCAAGCCAGUGGUUCACGGGGGUUCCUGCACAUGGCUGGCCGUGGCUGACCCCGCGGAGCUUAUGAGCUACAAGCGAAAGGGCUCGGUGCUCUGGCGAGGCCACUUUGGGCCCUGGAUGGGGUCCCUGGGGGCGCAGUGCAGGUGCGGCGCGCUGCUCAAGGGCGUCCUGGCUCCGCUUCCUCGCGCCAGCCUGGAGUGCCGCCCCGAGUGUUCCUCGCAGCUCGGGAUCCUGAGCGCUGACAAUAAGUUCGGCAGUCACGCGGCGAGGGUCGUGGUGGACGGGGAGCUCCUCGGCAACCUGAUGGCCAACGUGCUGGCCAAGGCCGCCGUGGGCUCGCUCGCCAUCAUCCCGGGCUGCAUCCUCUUCAGGGGCGCCGCCAUGCGCGCCCUCUGCGGGGGCGCUGGCUUCGGCUUCGGAGCUGGCGUCGGCUGGACCCAGGGCGACUACUACGUGAGGCACCCGGCCAUCGCGCCCUACCCGAGCAUGCCCUGGGAGGUCGCGGCGGGGUGGAAGGAGUGGCUGGCCAGCCGGAAGUUCCUGUGA